AUGGGCAACAUCCUCUUCCUAAUCGGCCUGACCCUCAUAAUCGGCACAACCAAGACGAUGGCCUUCUUCGCGCGCAAACAGAAAUGGAAAGGCACGCUGGCGUUUUGCAUCGGCAUUACGCUGAUCCUGAUGCGCUGGGCGUUCUUCGGCUUCAUCAUUGAGUUGUACGGCAUAUUGGUGCUGUUUGGAGACUUCUUCGCGACGAUUGCAGGAUUCGUGGGGGGCAUACCAGUUGUGGGGCCGUGGAUUGCGAAGGGAUUGAAUGCGCUUGGGGGCGCGGCGAGGAGUCAGGAGAGUAAUGUGUAA